CGCGCAUCUUCUUCGCGGGACCAAAAGAGAAGAGAAGAGAAGAGAAAAGAGGAGCGCUUUCUCUCGCGAGAGUUGUGCUCACGAGAAGUGUCUCAAGAGCGCGAGACUGAACUGAACAGGAUUUCGGACGUUGUUGGAAAGAAAUAAUAAUAAUAAAUACAUAAACAAAAUACAUAAAUAUUUCCAGUGACCGAGGUGUGAGAUAUUAAUUAGGAGUCGGAGGCGCGCUCAGAAGUGUGUUAGUGAGGGAGAAAAAAACUUCAAGGACUUUUUUAAAGGCGUCUCGAGCCGCUUUGACUGUUGUUUUUUUUUUUUUUUUAAACCCGAAAAGCGUCUCGUAUGAAUCUCCUCGACCCCUACCUCAAAAUGACGGACGAGCAAGAUAAGGGUCUGUCGGACGCACCGAGUCCGAGUAUGUCUGAGGAUUCGGCGGGGUCUCCGUGUCCGUCUGCCUCCGGCUCGGGCUCGUGCUCGGACGUGGAGAGCGGCGGCGGGCGCGCGCGCGACAACGGCGGCGAGCUGAAAAAGGAUGUUGACGACGAGCACGAGAACAACGAGAAGUUCCCGCAGUGCAUCCGCGAGGCCGUGUCGCAGGUGCUCAAGGGCUACGACUGGACGCUCGUGCCCGUACCGGUGCGCGUGCACGGCGCCAGCAAAAACAAGCCGCACGUGAAAAGGCCCAUGAACGCGUUCAUGGUGUGGGCGCAGGCCGCGCGCCGCAAACUCGCAGAUCAGUAUCCUCAUCUACACAACGCCGAGCUGAGCAAGACCCUGGGCAAGUUAUGGAGGUUGCUGAACGACGUGGAGAAGCGUCCGUUCGUGGAAGAGGCUGAGCGCCUGCGUGUGCAACACAAGAAGGAUCACCCUGACUACAAGUACCAGCCACGGCGAAGGAAAUCAGCCAAGAAUGGGCAGGGCGAGGGGGAAGAAGGUGCUGAGCACACACAUGUCUCCACCAACGCCAUCUUCAAGGCACUGCAGCAGGCCGAUUCUCCAGCAUCCAGCAUGGGAGAGGUGCACUCCCCCAGCGAGCAGUCAGGCCAAUCCCAGGGUCCCCCGACUCCGCCCACCACCCCCAAAAUUGACGCUCAGGCAGGCAAAAAUGAGCCAAAGCGCGAGGGCCGUCCACUCCAGGAUGGCAUCGGAGUUACUGUUGGCUCUGGCGGGCAGCGUCAGCUUAACAUCGAUUUCCGCGAUGUGGAUCUGGGUGAACUGAGCACCGACGUCAUCUCACACAUGGAGAGCUUUGACGUGGCCGAAUUUGACCAGUACCUGCCACCUAAUGGGCACCCCGGGCAUGGCUGGAUGGGCUCGGCGGGUGCCGGUUGGAUGGCCAAGAGUCCGGGCUCCAGCCCUCAGGUGGGUGCUGCCAGCCCUGGUGAGGAUCAAACCCAGCAGAGGACAACGCACAUCAAAACCGAGCAGCUAAGUCCUAGCCAUUACGGUUCCUUUAACCUGCAGCACUACACCACUUCCACUUCGUCCUCUGCCUUCCCAUCAUGCCUCAGCCGGCCGCAGUACGACUACACCGACCAGCAAGGCAGCGCCACGUCCUAUUACUCAGCAGGCCAGAGCUCCAUUUACUCCACCUUUAACUACAUGAGUCCCAGCCAGAGGCCCAUGUACACCCCCAUCACCGAGAACCAAUCAGGCCACAGCCCCCAGCACUGGGACCAACAGCCUGUCUACACACAGCUCUCCAGACCCUGAGAAAACACACACUCUCUCACACACACAUACACACACACACACUCUCUCACACACACACACACACUCACAAACGCACACAUGCAGUGAAGAUUAUUUAACAAGGCUGAUUGCUCCACAUAGAGACCCUCCAUCACUCUUCCUGUAAAUCACACACUUGAAUACUCAUCAGAGGAAGACUGAAAGGAAAGCUGGACUUUAAAAAGAAGAGCAGCUCACGACGUGCCUUUUUCACCUUGAAAUCGCCUGAUGCCAACGAGAUAUAUAUUUUUAGCCUUGGUUGCGAGAAAAGAGAAACAUUUUUCUGCGAAAAGAAGAAUCCUCUGUGAGGACUUAAUGAACUAUUGUAUUUUAGUAUGUACUGUGUAUGUUUUCUUACCUUUUCCAUAGCUGAUAGGGAUUUUAUUCUGUAGGGAAACGGUUUAUUUUUUACUAAACCACUCUUAACAGUCCUGCCUAGUCAUCCUCAUGGUAUUUUUUAUUUUUUUUUAAAUGGCCUCUAGGAUUCCGUUUGCUGCGCUAGUGGACCUUCAUGCCGUUGCGUCCUACAUUAAGUUCACGUGCUUGUAUUUAUGAUUAUUAAAACAUUCCUGAUGCUUUAGAGUGGUGUAUUUUUUAAUGGUUUUAUAUGACAUGUCUGCUUUGUGCACCAUCAGUGCCUGGUCUUGUGGGGUUUUUUUUGUGCUUUUUUUUUUUUUGUCGAGGUAGAAUGUGCAGCUGAGAAUUGACUUAGUGCCUGAGAGUGACAGGAAGUGACCUUUGACCCCAUGUCAUUAUUUCUAGUCAGCAGUGAUACUGGGCUCAUCUUUCUACCCCGACCCCUUUUUUCUGUUCAGUCUUAACCUCUUCUAAUUUAUUUAUUAGUCUUAAUUUUAUUUCAGAUUAAUUAAGUGCAGUGUAUUCAUUAAUACUGUAAGCAACUAAUUAUUUGUUUUUUGGAAGUUAAGUUUCCCUUCUGGAUAUUGUAAUGUUUAAUCCAAGUCAUUAAACCGGAAGGAGUGCUACUUAAUAUGGUACAGUUCUGUAAUCAUCAUGUUUAUUUAUCAUAUCUAGAUGUCUCUAUUUUAAAUGUUUAUUUCUCUCUCUCUCUCUUCUUCUUCUUUUGUGCUAGCCAGAAUUGAUGAUGAAGUACUGUCAAGGCUGAUCAAACUGGAACAGCUUUCUUCCAUCAGGAAGUUUUUUUGUUUGUUUGUGUGUGUGUGUGUGUGUGUGUGUGUGUGUGUGUGUGUGUGUGUGUGUGUGUGCGCGCGCGUGCGUGCGUGUUUAUAAAGAUACCAGAGAUUUCACAUCAAAUCUUUUCUAAGAUCGAUUUUUUCCAUGCCACAUAUCUUAUUACUGAUGUUACAU